UUAGAGUAUGAAGGACCUUCAUUUGUGGAAUGGGACAUUUCUACGUUAUGUACUGUUACAAAUAAAAGUUCACCUACAGCAACACUGAACUGUCCAGUUCCUGGAAUUCACAGGAUUAGACCAAAUGUUGACAAUGAGACAUUAGUGAAUGUGGACCGCCAUUUGCCUAUCUCUGAACAUUUGAAUUGCUUUUUGUGGUAUGUGCUGAAAAGUUCUCCAGAGCAGAGCUCCGUUCCAUCCUCAAAAAAUGAUAGCCAGGAGUUAAUCUUAUGGAUAUACGAUCCAGAAAAUGCAGAUCCCUCUGAAUUGAAUCACAGUGCAACAUCUCCUCCACCGAAUUCUAAGACACUUAGCAAGCAGUUUUGGAAUUUGGGACAGGAACCUGUUGUUCAGACCUAUUUUAGAAAUACCAAAUACUUUGCUACUGCAUUUCCAGAGUUGGGAUUCUGGAAAAUUAAUGUACCUGCAAUGUUAGAUGACAUCAUAACUAAUAUCCAUGGAAAGGCAAUAGCUUUUCAGGAUUGUUUUGUUCUAGAUAGUCCCUUUAUCAUUUCCAGGCCUGAAGAGCCAUUUCCUAACAAUGUAAGUGACAAUUCCCUCUGUUCCCCAGCUGGUAGUGAGCCCUACAUUGAGUGGUCUGCAUGUUUUCCAACAACUGCACUUUUGUUGUCAGAAUUUGGAACUUUCCAUACAAAUGAUGGAUUUAUAACUUAUAAAGAAAUCAAAGCUCCAUCACACAUUUUGGACUUUGACUUAAGUCACAAAGUAACUGAUAUUGUUUUAACUGAUGAUGGAAUCUUAUUUUUAAUAAUGGGGACAGUUUACAAAAGAGAGUCCAAUCAGUUUUUUAAACUUGGACCUGAAUACAAUCUACCAGAAACGGGAAUAACUGGAAUACAGUCAAGACUUUGGUGUUCAUCUGAAUAUCCAGUACAGAGUGGAGGAAAAUUAAGUACAGUAGCAAUAUGGACACCAAGUGAACAAUAUCUAGGAUAUGAUGGCAAUGUGUUUAUUAAAAUAACAGAUACAACAAACCUAAAGAGGGUCCUAGAUUUGCCAAUGGCCGCUUCUUUAUCUAUAGGCACUGUUUGCUAUGACUCACGCCCACCUGAAGUUUCUUUGCUGAUGGCCUGCGUUGGGUGCAGCUCCUCCAGGGUGUUUUAUCUGUCAGCUUAUAACGAAGACCGAGAUUUGUGGGUCCUAAGAGACUUUUCCUUAAAUGCUCCUCCCCAGGGUUUUAUGCGAAUGGAAUUUGUAUAUUCAGCAUCACCAUCUAUGCUGAUGUGGAACAAGGAAAUGAUCUAUUAUAGCUAUAAAAACAACACAAUUAAUGGAUUUGUUAUAGUAUCUGGGUUAAAUCAGAAGCUAUCGGAAGCAACUCGAGGGAGCACUAUUCACCAACUGGAAUCUGUGAUAUUCAGUGCCAAGAAGGCUCAUUGCAUCUUAUCUCCAUUUGCCAUUGCAGUGAGCCUUCCAUGUCAGGACAUUUACUGGAACUAUUUCGGGAACAUUGUGAUAAAGAUGAAAAACAAUAUGAUGAUUUUUUUUAAAGUUGAAAUGAAAGAUGCUGUGGAGCUCCCUGAAUGGGAAAAGGAAAGCAAAAGCAUAGUCCUUUACUUGAAUCCUUCUGGUAACCUAUAUAUGCUGUUUAUCAAUGGUUCUAGUAUAUACCGUGAGGACUAUCCCUUGAAAACUGAAAUGUUUAGUUACAUACAUAGUUUUCAAGAUAUUUGCCCAUAUCUAGUAUUUAAGCACAGCAUGGAUUUAAAUGUCUAUUACCUGGACAUGGGAGAUGAAGUGACAUUUUGGGCUCAAAUAGUCUAUAUGGAGAAUCUGGGCUUAUCCACAGAUGUGGAAAUCUACAGGCCUGAAUUGCUGAUGCAGACAACAUAUGUCGAUUAUGAAAUAGCUCGUGGAAUCUGUACUAAAAACCAGACAAUGAAAUUUUACCAUAAAAUGGACUACAGCCUUGAACCUAAUUACACAGACGCAUUACCUUCAGAUAUAACCUGUAUCAAACAUAAUUUUACUACUUACAAAAUACCUGGAUAUGAUGGCAGCACAUUUGUUAAAACAGUUGAGGCAAAUUUUAUAUUAUGGGAGGUUCAGGGCAGAAGUGACUACAGCUAUAACUCAUCUAUGAAGCAGGUGGGUUGUUUGCGUGAAGCACAGACUUGGAUUUCAAUGCUUGAGGAACAUGAAAACGGUACAUUAGACGAAAUAUGGGGGCCACAGAAUUACAGAUCCUGCUUUGAAUCUGAACUUGGACCUCUAGGAGACCUAAAUCAGCUGUAUCAAAUUUUGAACCACUCUGGUUACAAUUCUCUCAUUUGGCCUACUGAGUACAGUGGCAUUUAUGUGUUCAGAGUGAAGAUAGUGGACCCAAAUUUCAGUUUUUGUGACUUAAAUACAAUCUUUGCAGUCCGUACAUAUGGCAUAGUAGAAAGUCCAAACAUUGGGAAGGUUGCUGGCUUUUCAAUCCUCAUACUGUCCAUUUUUGGGGGCAUCCUUGUUAUAAGCUACUUCAGGUAUGUGAAGAUUUAUCGAGCACUCAUUUAUGUUGAUCCACUCCCAUCACAUGACCAACAAGAUCAAACAAGAAAGACAGCACAUGAGUUGAAGAAGGACCAAUAA